UUCUAUCUCGCAGGUUUACCUUGGUUCGGCUUACAGCAACUCUCUCAUCUCUCCGACCGUCCCCUUAUCAUCGUUCCCCCUUGCCGCCAGGUUGCUCGGUGUCUGGUUCCGCCCUCGAUUCACAAACACAAACUCCGAUUGCUCGGUGCCGCCGUUGAUUCAGCUUAAAGGGGUUGUUCUGGAAACUGAUAAAUUAGAUGGAAAGCGACGACGAUUUCACAUUUUAUCCGGUUGCUUUGCCUACUCAUGGAGAUGGUCAAGAGUUGCAUGAUGCUGUGCCAGAUAUGAGCAGGGUCACUAUAGAAGAUGAGUCUACAAGUGCCUUUGGCUUUAAGCAUGGUCGUGGUCCUCUGUGGAAAGAUAAUUUAUCAAGCAAUGCCAUUUUGAAGGAGGAGGCUAAUGUUGGUUCUUUGUCUUUUAAUGUUAUUGACAUGUCCCCACAAGACAGGUUGACUAAAGAUCCAAAACCUGGAGAUGGUCAAAAGUUGCAUAGGGUUGUGCCAGAUACUGGUGGCAUCACUAUAAAGGACGAGUCUACAAGUUAUUCUGGCUUUAAAAAGCGUAGCGGUAUUUUGUGGAAAGAUAAGUUAUCAAGCAAUGCCAUUCUGAAGGAGGAGGCCAAUGUUGGUUCUUUGUCUUUUAAUGUUAUUGACACUUCUCCUCAAGACCGGUUGACCAAAGUUCCAAAACCAGUAGCAUCUGAAGACACUGGAAACUCAAUUAGAAGUUCACAGCAACAGAACACCACUGCUAGAAAGCCUGCUCCCCGUGCCAAGGUUCCUUUUGAGAAGGGUUAUAGCCAAAUGGACUGGCUUAAGCUUACUCGAACUCAUCCUGAUCUUGCUGGAUUGAAGGGACAAUCAAAUAGGAGGCUUAUACCCAUGAGUGAAGUCAAAGAACACCAAAAUGGAGGUGAAAUGUGGACUGUUCUUAAAGGACGUGUAUACAAUAUAGCUCCAUACAUGAAAUUUCAUCCAGGAGGUGUUGAUAUGCUGAUGAAGGCAGUUGGAAAGGACUGCACAUCUUUAUUCAAUAAAUACCAUGCUUGGGUGAAUGCUGAUGCCUUGUUGGAGAAGUGCCUUGUGGGUCUUUUAGAUGGCCAUUGAAGGCAUACUACCAUUUUAAAGCUAUUCAGAAUUAAUUUUUUUUUAUCAGCCGUUAUACAAAGAUAUCAUUGGGCAGAUGCUCAAUUAUGCCAUUUUGAAUGUAAGUUAUACAAUCUCUUUGGUUGAUGCUAUUGUAUACCCAUAUUGUGCAAUAAGUUUGCUCCAGCAUAUUCAUUACUUGGUUUGUACUAUCCUGGAAGUUGGAAUAAGGUGUAUCAUGUCCAGCCCAAUAUUUUUACUGCAAUAAUAAAAUGCUUCUGAGUA